ACGAUCGGAUUAUUAAAUCCUUAAUUCACUUGUUUGACUGGGCAAACAAACUAAACGAAUUAACAACAUUGAUCUCUCCCAAAUUUGCUUAAUGAUUAAGAGAAAAAAAAAUGGUGCCACCAUUUUCAUAAAUAAUACUUUUUUUUAGUAUAACGACCCACUUGGCUUGGCUGUGAGUUUGGGUUUCUCGAAGAUCCGUAAUCGGGUGAUCCAUCGGGUUCGCUUCCAAAUUAAUAAUUCACAGAGUUACAAUUUACAAACGGAUCCAAGCCAUCUUGGCUCCGGUUACCCGAGAUCUUUUCAUGGUCUCCUCACCUUCCCCGCUAAGGGAGAGGACCCGUUAAAAGUCAAGAUUUUGACUCUUCUCUGCUUCAGCUUCAGCAGGCACGCGGGCACGAAGAAGAAGAAGAGGCUCUCCCUCCACCUGCCGACAAUGAUUCCGAAAUGCGACGUCUAGACAUUCCAUUUCCAAAGUCCGCCGCACCUCCUCGUCCCGCCUGAAAUGUUUUCGGCGCCGCCACUUCCCGCGGCCGUGGACUCAAUCCACCGCUCCUUAUCCGACCUCUGCUCCGCCGGCCCCGACCAGGAGUCCUUCGAGAACUCCCGCCAGUUCACCGGGUACGCGCACCGCCUCCAGCUCAUCGUCAACCAGCUCCUCCGCUCCUCCCCGUCGCUCUCACCCUCCGCGGAGACCGGGCUGAGAGGCAUCUCCGGAGAUCUCUCCGUUGCCGCGGAGACGAUUUCCGCCUACAGGAAGAGGAGCAAGAUCGCCGUCUUGGUCAACUGCCAGUCCCUCUGCUCCUCUCUUCUGGAGCGGACGGUUGCGAUUGGAACCUGGCUGGAGCUGAUUGAGUCAACGCUGCUCGACGACGACGACAUCGUCGCCGAUCUUCGCAAGAAGACCGCCGAUCUGGCCCGUGACAUGAAGCACGCGAAAUUCAGAGUGACGGAAAACGAAGAGAGAGUCCGUCGAACAUUGGAGAAAGAAGGGCAGGGAAGGCCGACGACCAAGCCGGUGCAGAGCGCGAUUGUCAUGGAUUUAGCGCGAGCGCUAGGGAUUGAUUCGAGCAACCAUCAAGAGCUAUCGGAGCAAGUGAAGCUAUUCAAAGCCGACGUGGUGCGGUCCAAUUCGGUCUCGGAGAGGCGAAUUCUGAUCUCUCUGGAGAAAAUUCUCGAGAGCUGGUCGACUGACUCUGAUUUGGACGCACUGAAAUUGGACUUGGAUUCGGAGGAGGAAGCUAACUUGUCACCUUUCAGGAAUUUUCUCUGUCCCCUGACCAAAGAAGUCAUGAAGGAGCCUGUACUGUUGUUAGAGUCUUCACAGAACUAUGAGAAGAAAGCCAUACAGUACUGGUUUACCAGAUGCGUGGAGGAUGGACGGGACCCGACUUGUCCGAUCACCGGAGUGGUUUUGAAGACCUUGGAACUGAAGCCGAAUCUUGGGUUGGCCGGAGCAAUCGACGAGUGGAUUAGCAGGAACGUUGAGGUUCGGGUUAAAUCCGCGGUGGAGAAUAUUGGUAGAGAGCCUGUUGUGACGGAGUCCAUUGAACGUGCAUUGGACAAUGUUUACUGGAUAUCUGAAGAGCAUUCUUCCCAUCGGUAUAAAGUAAGGAAUGCUGGUUUGAUUGUGCUUAUGGUUAAGUUGCUUAGGAAUUCGUCUAAGGAUAUGGGCUCUCGUCUGAGGAGCAAAGCUCUUAUGGCUUUGUUUAGUAUGGCUAAGGACGAAGAAACCAAGAACAUAAUGCUAGAAGAAGGUGUGAGUAGACUGGCUAUACAUAGCCUUGUUGGUAGCUCAGAGAAAGAGCGAGAAUAUGCUGUGAAGUUACUGCUGGAGUUCACAAAUGACGAAGAUUAUUGCACCAAAAUCACGUCAGAGAAAGGGGCACUAGUUCUUCUUUCCAGUAUGGCAGGCAAUCUGGAGCAUCCUGCAUUGUCAAAUCUUGCAGAUGAACUUUUGAAGCGGCUGGAAAAGAUGGAAGAGAACAUUCAGCCAUUGGCAGCUGCAGGAAGAUUCGAGCCCCUACUUGCACGUUUAUGUGAAGGUUCAGAUGACGUUAAAACAGAGAUGGCAUCUAUUCUGGGAAGGAUGACUUUAACCAAUAGCAGUAAAGAAGAACUUGCCAGGAGAAGUGCUAAGAUACUUGUUGGGUUGCUCACUAACCCUGAAGCCCGAGGGCCAAGCUUGAAAGCCUUGUGUAACCUAUCAACUUUAGAUGACAAUGCAACGAUCCUUGUUGAUGCUGGUGCACUUCCCGUGCUCACCGAUAUCCUUUUGAAAAAUGAGGUGGUUGCAUUGGAACUCACAGACUUGGCUGCAUCAACAAUUGCAAACAUAGUGUCAAAUCCAGGGCACUGGGAGUUGGCAGCUGUGGACCAACGAGGUCACACAAUGCAGUCUGCUUCAAUAGUCUCGAGUCUCUUACAGCUUCUAUCUGUUGUCUCACCUCAAGCUCAAGCUUCUAUACUCCAAAUCCUCUAUGGAAUAGCAUCAUCUCCCAGGGCUGCAGAAUCAGUUGCCAAUAGAAUAAAGAGUGCUGAUGGCAUCAAAACAGUUUUAUGUUAUCUUGAGCACCCGGAAGUUGGACAUCGAAUCAAUGCUUAUAGGCUUACAAGAUUGCUGUCCGAAAGGUUUGCUCAAGACUUAUACUAUGAGCUACAAACUUGUAACAAGAAUUUAAUGUUGAAAGACAAACUAUUCGAUGACCAAUCUACAGAUACUGAGAGAUCUGAUGCCGCGUGCAUACUGGCCAACCUUCCCCUCGUGGGCGAUGAAGUGAAAACACUGCUUGAUGCUAGUUUUGUAAGAUGGAUAGUCUCCACUCUGAAAAAUCGAAAUCGCAGCGCCAAUGGCAAAGCAUCAAGGACAACAUCAUCAAGCAUAACAGAAGGGCUUCUUGGCCUACUGCUACAUUUCACCAAGCGUCUCGAUGAUCAUCAAAAUGUUACCCUGGUGAGAGAGCUUCGUCUGAUGAGUCUUUACUGUGAGGAGCUCAGUUUUCCUUCAAAGCCAAGACUGAAAGAACUAUCUGCUCUCGGACUGAGAAACUUAUCAGAAGCUGGAAGGUUAUCAGCUGCCCAGAACCCGGAACCGAUCCCUCCCCAAGGAUUUUGUGUCCCCAUCCUCUUCAUGUGCAGCAGAGGCCCUCCCGAACUUUCCACUUGCCCGGUACACAACGCAUCGUGUGAUGAUGGCGGUCAGUUAUGUCUUCUGAGUAGCAACUGCAUCAAACCACUGAUUAAUCUCCUUGGGGAAGACCAGACCGGGGUUCAGAUCGCUGCGGUGGAAGCACUUUCAACCCUGCUGCCCGAUUCCUCGAACAUUCCCAAGAGAGCAACGAUGGAGCUCGAAAACGUCGGGGUGUUCGAUGCAGUGAUCGAGCUGUUCAUGAAAGUUCGACCCGGGGAGCUGCAGGAGAAGACGGUCAGGAUGAUUGAUAAGUUCCUGAGAGCAGAGGGUUGCAGCCAUAGGCAUUCUCUGAAUCAGUCUCUGGUUGGUGCUUUGGUGGAGGCAUUGAAGCAUGGGAAUGGUAACGCCAAGAGGUACGCGCAGGAAGCUCUCACCAACCUGAAACAGUUAUCAGGAGUUAGUGGGACUGCUUCUGGUCAAGGUCGAUCACAAAGAUGACAUACAAUAGGUAGUAGGUAGGUUUUCCUGCAAGCCCCUCUCAUUUCUUGCAUGUGUACUGUAUUCUUGUAUCUUCUUGCCAGUAACCCGCACAAAUUUCUCACAUGUAUAGCGUUUCUUCUUUUGCCUGUUUCUUGUAUCCAUGGAUUAACCUUGAUUGAUUUUUGUUUUAUGUAUGCUGUGUGAUGAUUGAAAUUAAAUUCGAGGAUUGUUUACAUGGGUUGACUUCUUGGUAGCAAUUUUCUUUUAUACUAGUUUUUUGGCAGGCACUUUGCCGCGGUAAGUUACUAAUUUUAUUUGCAAUUUUUUCUACUCGUUUAAUAUUUUAGUUGAAAUCAAAUAAUUCAAAAAUAGUUUGAAUAAGAUAGAAGAUUUAGUGAUUUACGUAAUAUGCUUUUUAUUUGAUACAUAAAAAGAUAAAUAUCUCUCCAUGAUCCUUACGUAAUCAAUAUAAUUUACGUAAAUAUUAUUGAAUAGUGUUACGUAAAUCUUUCCUAAUUUGUGAUUGAAUCGCAAAAUCAAGUAUCACAUUUGAUUAAACUAUUAUGUAAAAGUGAUUUUACCAUAUGCAAGCUUACGCAAAUGAUGAGAUGGUGAAAAUGCAGAUAAUAAUACAGGAAUUUCAAUUAUGAAAAGUAUCACAUUAACUAAACUGUUAUGUAAAAAAUAAUCGAUGUCACAAAGUCUUUAUAUAAUGCAAACUGAUGAAUGGUCAAAGGUUUAGUUAAUCAUGCAUGAAUUUUCGUUCAAACUUAUAUGAAGGAAGGCUUGCAUAAUAUGUUUGUUUAGUUGGGACAUAAGACAUUAUUUUCUCUCCAUAAGUUUUACGUUGUGUCUUAAUCAUUACAAAAACUUACGUAGUAUGUUUUACUUAAUUGAUACAUAAGUUUGCAUUACAUAAAAACUUACGUAUUAAAUAUAUUUUCCGUUUGUGUAAUUUUUAUUGAAUUGUGUUCCGUUAAUACUCUGUAAUGUGUGUUCUAAUAAUAAAAUCAAAUUAUGAAAAGAAAAUAUUUUUAUUGAAUGAUGUUACGUAAGUACUCCGUAAUGUAUGGUCUAAUAAUAAAAUCAAGUUGUAAAAAAAUUAUAAUUUGAUUAUUUUGUUAUGUAAAACCUAACUUACUUUACGUAUUUUGUUAUGUAAACCCUUACUUACUUUAGGAAAACUUUGUAUAAUAAAAAUUAUUUUUCAAUUAGAUCAACGUUAUGAAACCUUUGAUAUUCCUUCCUCAAUUUACAAACAAAUUAUAUAAGAAUUCAUUUGGACAUCUGAGGAAGGAAUCGACCCUCAAUGCUACAUUGGCACACAGGAAAUUGUGUGGUCUGCUGCAGUGGAAAACAUCCGGGUGAACAGUAACCCUCACAUGUAUAUAUGCAGUGAAUUAGGAGGGUCCCGUUUUUCCGUACUGACUUAGGAGACAUUUAAUGGUUCCGUUUUUGUCGUAAGGAACAAUAAUUUGGUUUUUGAUUA